AUGGAUCGCCAAGUGAUAGGAAGGAGCCGGGGAAGACCCACUAGACAACACCCGGAAGCGGGUGGUGAUAGGGAACCCGAGGUCGAUCAAGACCAAGGGCAGGAAGGUGUGGCCGGAGACCGGGUGGCCACCGCAAUUGACCGUAUUACUGAAGUUCUCGAGCGAUUGACUGAUCGCCAAACCACUGAACCAGUGCAUCAACCAGGAGGCCCAGUUGACUCCGAUGAUCGGGCACUGGAAAGGUUUCUGAAAUUUGGACCUCCCAAAUUUUAUGGAGGACCCGAGCCGGAAGUGGCCGAAGGCUGGUGGGAGAGAAUCACUGAGAUUUUCGCCGCUUUGAACUAUACUGAGGAGCGAAAAGUGACUUUUGCUACCUUCCAGUUUGAGGAAGCUGCUCGCUCCUGGUGGAAUCUAGAGAAGAGAGAGGAUGAUUUUAUUAGAUGCAAACAAGGGGCGAUGAGUGUCGCCGAGUAUGAAGUCCAGUUCACAAAGCUGUCACGCUUUGCACCUGAGUUGAUAGCCACCGAGCAAAGGCGUGUUCGGAGGUUUGUGCAGGGUUUGAAUGUGGAACUACAGGAAAGUUUAGCUGUUGUAAGGAUAGAUACCUUCGCUGAGGCUGUUGAAAGAGCGCAGCGAGUUGAAGUAGCCAGAGCUCAAGUGAAGUCUUUUCAGUCCAAGAAAAGAUUUGCUCCUAGCAGUAGUCGGGAGCCGACUUUUGGAAAUGCUCCACCGGCCAAAGUGGGCCGAGGAACUAGUGGAGUGAAUAGUUCUGGAGCACCCCGAGGCGCCCAAGCAAGAGGACAUGGGGCCAGGAAUGCAGGAGGACGAAAUAUUGGAGCUAGAGGGGGACCAAUUGGAAGAGGACAACCUAGGAAUCGGCCGCAAGGGGGUAGAGCAAUAGUUCCUCAAGUGACAUGUGCUUAUUGCAAGAAACCUGGUCAUUCUAUGGAUAGUUGCUGGAAGAAGCAAGGAAGGUGCUUGAGAUGUGGAAGUAGUGAGCACCAAAUCUCAGGAUGUCCAAAGGUGCAGGAAGGAACUCCUCAGAAAGCUAGACCAAACACUUCUGGAGGGAGCCGGCCAACAGUUCCUGCCAGAGUGUAUGCUAUAGAUGAUCAACCCGUACCUGAUUCCUCGGAAGUUGUGGAAGGUACACUUCCAAUUUUUCAUAGAUUAGCUAAAGUGUUAAUUGACCCUGGUGCAACGCAUUCAUUUGUAAAUCCAUCUUUUAUGUCUGGAAUAGAUGUGCAACCCGUUAGAUUACCCUUUGAUCUUGAAAUUAGGACACCCAUGGGUAAUAGAAAGGUAAUCACUAGCUUGGCCUAUAAGAAUUGUGAAUUCUAUAUCGGAGAACAGAAAAUGGUAGUGGAUCUGAUCAGUUUGGAUAUAAAAGGUUACGAUGUUAUCAUAGGAAUGGAUUUCCUAGGUCACCAUCAUGCUAAGCUUGAUUGCCGAGCGAAAGUAGUGGAGUUUUGUAUACCUGGAGAAGCAACCCUGAGGUUAGAUGUUAAGGGUAGGUUAGCAUCUUCUGCUAUGGUCUCGGGAAUACGGGCAAGGAAAAUGUUAUCUAAAGGAGCUCAAGGUUUCAUAGCCUUCUUGAUCAAUACUCCCAGUGAUCAAUGUAUCGAUUACCGAGGGUUAAAUGAGGUUACUAUUAAGAAUAAAUACCCUCUACCGUUGAUUGAUAGUUUGUUCGACCAACUGCAAGGAUUAGUGGUCUUCUCUAAGUUGGAUUUAAGGCAAGGGUAUUACCAGCUGAAGAUUAAGAAGGAAGACAUACCCAAGACUGCUUUUAGUACAAGAUAUGGACAUUUUGAGUUCGCAGUCAUGCCUUUUGGUUUAACUAAUGCACCAGCUGCAUUUAUGGAUUUGAUGCAGAGAAUUUUUAAGAAAUACCUGGACCAAUUUGUAGUAGUUUUCAUAGAUGAUAUUUUGAUAUACUCCAAGACUCAGGAGGAACACGUUAAACACUUGGAGAUAGUAUUGCAGAUACUAAGAGAGCAUAAGUUGUAUGCAAAAUUCAGCAAGUGCGAGUUUUGGUUAGAAGAGAUUUCCUUUUUAGGGCAUAAGGUUUCCAAAGAUGGAAUUGCCGUGGAUCCGGCAAAAGUUGAAGCUGUUAUGAAUUGGAAGCGGCCAGAAACUCCAACUGAAAUCAGAAGUUUCUUGGGUUUAGCAGGUUAUUAUAGGCGAUUUAUCCAGGAUUUUUCGAAGAUUGCAGGACCUAUGACCGAGUUAACCAAGAAAGGAAAUAAGUUUACCUGGACUCCAAAAUGCGAGUCAAGUUUUCAGGAGUUAAAGAGGCGUUUAACAUCCGCUCCUGUUUUGGUGUUACCUGACGGAGACGAAGGCAAAGCAAAUGUGGUAGCUGAUGCUUUAAGUAGAAAGGCCCAAGGGCAAUCGGAAAGGACAAUCCAAACUUUGGAGGACCUGCUGAGAUCGUGUAUAUUGGAUUUUGGAGGUAAAUGGAGUAAAUAUGUGACCUUGGUAGAAUUUGCAUAUAAUAAUAGCUAUCAGGCUUCGAUUCAAAUGGCACCUUAUGAAGCUUUGUACGGGAGAAGGUGUCGAUCUCCGAUUCAUUGGGAUGAAGUUGGAGAAAAGAAGAUUAUAGACCCUACAGCCAUACCUUGGAUAGAAGAAGCCCAGGAGAAGCUGAAAUUGCCUGCAAGCAUGGCUAGGAUUCACGAUGUAUUUCAUGUAUCCAUGCUUAGGAAAUAUUACCCUGACCCAAGCCAUGUGCUGCAACUAGAAGGAAUUGAGGUGGAUGAGACGUUAAGCUAUGAAGAAGGACCAGUCAAGAUUUUGGAAAGAGAAGUGAAGGAGCUAAGGAACAAGAAAAUUCCUCUGUAUUACUUUUAA